CGCAGCACAGUCAGCUGAAAUCCAGAGCUGAGCUCAGAAGCUCACAGAGAGCAGACAAAACGCAGCAACCUCGACCGGGAAACAUCGUCAGACUCAGCAAAGGCAUGGAAUUUGGCCACAAAACACAAACUCCAAAUGGCAAACAGAGGGAUCUAAAGCCAGAGGCUGCAGGAAUGCUUUAAAAAUUUCUUGUAACCUUGCUUUGUUGAAAGGCUCUUUUCUCUUUCCAUUUGAAGUGACGCGACAUAGGGACAAUCCAUCUCUCAGGGCAGCCCAUCUGAAGUGGAUCAUGCCCCCUAGAUAGCAGCCUCAUCCUCCUCUCCACUCCCCCUCCCUGCCCCUGGCCCCUUCCUCUACCUUCCUGGUCCAGCACCAUCACUGCCACCUGUGUCACCACAGCCACCAUGCCCCCCAGGAAGAGGACGCGGCCAGGCCUGGGCUUCCUGUGCUGCUUCGGUAGCAGCGAGCCCCCAGAGAUCAACCUCAAAGACAGCGUCCCCCUGCAGCUGCUGGAGUUCAGCGCCCCCAUGCCGCCCGCUGAGGAGCUGCAUGCACGUUUCUCCGAACUGGUGGAUGAAUUGGACCUGACGGAUAAGAACAGGGAGGCCAUGUUCGCUUUGCCCGACGAGAAGAAAUGGCAGAUCUACUGCAGCAAAAAGAAGGAGCAGGAGGACCCCAACAAGCUGGCAACCAGCUGGCCCGACUACUACAUUGACCGCAUCAACUCCAUGGCUGCUAUGCAGGCCCUCUUUGCCUUUGAUGAGGAGGAAAUGGAAAUGAGGAACAAGGUGGUGGAAGAUCUGAAGACGGCACUUCGAACUCAGCCAAUGAGGUUCGUCACACGCUUCAUCGAACUCGACGGCCUCACCUGCCUCCUCAACUUCCUGCGCAGCAUGGACUACGAGACGUCAGAGAGCCGCAUCCACACCUCCAUCAUUGGCUGCAUCAAGGCCCUGAUGAACAACUCCCAGGGCCGCGCACACGUCCUGGCCCACCCGCAGAGCAUCAACACCAUCUCACAGAGCCUUCGGACAGAGAACAUCAAGACCAAAGUGGCGGUGCUAGAAAUUCUCGGGGCGGUGUGCCUGGUGCCUGACGGACACAAAAAAGUGCUGCAGGCCAUGGCACACUACCAGAAAUACGCUGCUGAGCGGACUCGCUUUCAGACGCUGUUGAAUGAGCUGGACAAGAGUACAGGCCGCUACAGAGACGAGGUCAACUUAAAGACUGCCAUCAUGUCCUUCAUCAACGCUGUGCUCAAUGCUGGAGCUGGGGAGGACAACCUUGAGUUCCGCCUCCACUUAAGGUACGAGUUCCUGAUGUUAGGCAUCCAGCCGGUCAUCGACAAGCUCAGAGAGCACGAGAACGCCACUCUGGACAGGCAUUUGGACUUUUUCGAGAUGGUGCGAAACGAGGAUGACUCAGAGUUGGCCAAGAGAUUUGAUAUGACCCAUGUAGAUACUAAGAGUGCCAGUGCCAUGUUUGAGCUGAUCAAGAAGAAGCUGAGCCACACAGACGCCUACCCCAACCUCCUCUCCAUCCUCCAACACUGCCUGCAGAUGCCCUAUAAACGUGGCGGUGGCAGUCUGCAGCACUGGCAGCUCUUAGACAGGAUCCUUCAACAGCUAGUCCUACAGGACGACAAGGGAGAAGACCCCGACGCCGCCCCUCUGGACAACUUCAGUGUCAAGAACAUCAUUCGCAUCCAUGGCUUCCACCAAUGCUCAAGGUUGGUCAAUGAGAAUGAGGUGAAACAAUGGCGAGAACAAGCAGAGAAGUUCAGGAAAGAUCAUGUAGAGUUGCUAGGUAAACUAGAGAAGAAGGAGCGGGAGUGUGAAACCAAGACCCAGGAAAAGGAGGACAUGAUGAAGACUUUGAACAAGAUGAAGGACAAACUCCAGCGUGAGGGAGUGGAGUUGCGCUCAGCCAGGGAGCAAGUCCAGGACCUUUCCUUACGGAUCAAUGACAUAUCUGGUGGCAACGUGUCCUUCCCGCCUCCUCCUCCGCCUCCUGGCGGCCCCGUGGCUCCACCUCCACCACCUAUGAUGGGCGGCUUUCCUCCACCUCCACCCCCACUACCAUUCAGCUGCCCGCCUCCUCCGCCACCUCCGCCUCCACCUGGAGCACCGCCUCCUCCACCGGGAGCCCCUCCCAUUUUCGGAGCCCCGCCUCCUCCGAUUCCCUCUUCGUUCAACUCGGCGAGCACCAUGCGCUCCAAGUCUAUCCCUCAACCGUCUCAUCCCCUGAAGUCCUUCAACUGGGCCAAACUAGGAGAGAAUAUGAUCAAUGGCACCAUCUGGAAUGACAUUGAUGACCUGAGAGCUUUCAAGAUUCUUGACCUCAAGGACAUAGAGAAGAUGUUUUCCGCCUAUCAGAGACAGCAGGACCUGCUCACUAACCAAUCCUUCAAACAGAAAGAAACCGGCUCUAUGGAUGAUAUAUACGUCAGCACGCGGAAGGUCAAAGAGCUGUCGGUCAUCGAUGGAAGACGUGCACAGAAUUGUAUCAUCCUGCUUUCAAAGUUAAAAAUGAGCAAUGAAGAGAUCAAGAGGGCGAUCUUAGAGAUGGAUGAGAGAGAAGAGCUGGCCAAAGAUAUGCUGGAGCAGCUGCUGAAGUUCAUCCCAGAGAAAAGUGACAUUGAUCUCUUGGAGGAGCACAAACACGAGCUGGAGCGGAUGGCCCGAGCCGAUCGCUUCCUCUUCGAAAUGAGCAGAAUUGACCACUACCAGCAGAGACUGCAAGCUUUGUUCUUUAAGAAGAAGUUUGCAGAGCGUCUAGCUGAAACCAAGCCUAAGGUUGAAGCCAUCCUGAAUGCGUCUAAGGAGGUUGUCCGGAGCAAGAGGAUGACUCAGAUUCUUGAGGUGGUGCUGGCCUUCGGCAACUUCAUGAACAAAGGCCAGAGAGGCAACGCCUACGGCUUCAAGGUCUCCAGUCUCAACAAGAUCGCUGACACCAAGUCCAGCAUAGACAGGAACAUCACCAUGUUGCACUACCUGAUCAUGAUCUUUGAGAAGAACUACCCGGACACACUGCACAUCCAGCAGGACAUCAGCAGUGUACCAGAGGCUGCCAAAGUCAAUUUGGCGGAGUUGGAAAAAGAGGUGCACAGUAUCAAAAGUGGAUUGAAGGCUCUAGAGGCGGAGCUGCACUACCAGCAGAGCAGGACAAGGGAACGUGGGGAUAAGUUUGUGGCUGUGAUCAGUGACUUCAUCACCGUGGCUGGCUUCAGCUUCUCUGAACUGGAGGACCAGCUGGGUGAAGCCAAGGACAAGUUUACCAAAUCUCUGAAGCACUUUGGGGAGGAAGAAGGAAGGAUGCAGCCCGAUGAGUUCUUUGGGAUAUUCGACACCUUCUUGCAGUCGUUCAGUGAAGCACGGCAAGACCUGGAGAACAUGCAGCGACGUAAAGAUGAGGAGGAAAGGAGGGCACGAAUGGAGGCCAUGCUCAAGGAGCAGAGAGAACGGGAACGACGGGCCAAAAAGAGUGGGGCCUCAGACGAGGUUGGCGGAGAGUUUGACGACCUGGUGUCGGCAUUGCGUUCCGGCGAGGUCUUUGACAAGGACCUGAACAAAUUCAAGCGUAACCGCAAGCGCUCUGUUAACCAGCUGGUGGAAGGUGGGGGCCGUGAACGAGCUGUCACCAAGGUAAACUAUUAGGUUGGGACAAGGAAGGUUAAAAAACAAAGACUAGAUGCCUAAGUUCUGCCAUGGUGAAGAUCUCUGAACACCUUUAGGUUGACAUUGGAGAGGAUGUAAAUAACGGCUGAAGUGGACAUGUUGAGACUUGUAUGGACAGUCACGCCGUUUUGAAGGAUGCAACACUCUCCUCUGAUUGGUCUUGUAAAGCUAUUUCCAACCCGUUUGCCCGGGUGUUGUAUGAUCUCCUGAGCUGGAUGAAGAACAGUUGGGAUCGAUGGAUGGACGGACAGACCACUGUGACACAUUAUAUCUUUUGACCAUAUCCUUUUAACACUGUGCUCAAGCUUCCAGCUCUGUAUCACUAGUCUUUCCCCCCCCCCCUCACCCCUUGCUGUUCCCCAGUAAGUUCCACGGUUCUGGAAUGGCCCUAUCUGUUUUUGCUUUCUGGCUCUAAAACACACAGGACAUUUGGAUCAGCCAGUUACACUGUACAUAGACACAAGGCCAAGAGACAAAGGAUUCGAAGGACAUCAGGCAGAAAAAACAAACAGAAAAAGAAGGUGGAAAGGGGAACUAAGCCAUAACCUUCAGUUAUGUUUGCUUCACGUGUCCCCCAGAAAAGACACUUUUUUAAACCACAGAAUAGAUGGAUAUACAUAAAUUUCCUUCACUGCAAAGUCAGCAAAUCCCAGAACAGUUUGUUGGAUUCUAAAAGAGUGAGGAAGGAUAUACAACAGGGGGUCAUGGGGGUCAUUGUUUUGAUACAGUGGAUUUAUCCCAAUGUCCUCAUCCAGUGCACAGCAUUCCCAGGGAGGGUGUACGUGUACAUCCCGAGCUGCGAUUUCAGACACAACUCUCAAGGGGGAAAAAAAACAAAAAAAACCCAACAACUUCUCAGCUUGAUCCAUUUGACAUAAUGAUGACUGUGCCACAAGGGUCAAGCCUCACCUACUCGCUUCAAUGGUUUCAACAUUGUUCUGGCAUUGAUUAGUGCCAAAGCAACGAGAAAACAAAUGUAAAUGUAUUAAUACAAAACGUACUGCAAUUAGGCGUUGAUAUAUAUUUAUAUUUAGAUGCAGACAAGCUAAUUGCAAAGAUGUAGAGGUUUUUUUAUGUUUUCAUGGCAUUUGGGGGUUUUGUACACACAAUGCAUUAUUUGUUGGUGUUGCAAGUUCACAUUGCUGUUGAAGUGAAUUUCUAUACUAUUUUGCGCUAUGUAAAAAAAAGAAAAAAGAAAAAAAA